CACUGCCAGGAAGAGGGUGUGGACUCAACUGCCUGGUUAAACAUUCCAGUUUUUAAAUACAGAACCCUCCCUUGCUGAUUCCUCAGCAGACUGACUGGGACAUCACAGAACAUAGCUGCCACUCACCAAGCCUUUAUAGAAUACUGGAAAACUCGGUUUUCACCUCACAGAAUAAGAACUACUCUCUCUUCCUCUCUCAGUUGUCCAAACCCCUACAGAGGGUACAAUCUAACAGCAUGGGUCCCCAGGUGCUUUCGCUGCUGUCUGCAAUCUCAGCCCUCUACCUAGUGGCCCAGGGACAGGAGCAACCCACAGAGGGAGAAUUCAUCACAGCCAGGUACAUCCAGCCUCUGGGUGGUUGGUUCAUGAGAGAUCCAAAGAGCCCAGAGAUACAGGAGGCUGUAAAAUCUGCAGUGGAACACUUUAACAGCCAGUCUAAAGCCAGGAAAUACUUCAGACUGGUCAAUGUCCUCUCUGCUGAAACCCAGGUGACCAACAUGAUCAACCACAAGAUUACGGCAAUCAUCGGCAAGACCAAGUGCCUGAAAUCAGACAACACCACUGAUGUGGAGUCCUGUGUGAUGGGGAAGAAGCGUCUGACGUGUACAUUUGAGGUGCAAUUUAAUCCUCGUAAUGAGCGUGAGGCUUUCACCUCCUCCUGCCAGAAGUCACAAUGAUUUGAGGUCAGCUCCAACCAACAGCUACUGUACCUGUCCUCCUCCUGUCUAACCUGAAUACUGACUAUACAUCAAUUUCAACCAAAAACAACAUGCUGUCAUUCUCCUGCCUAGAGUAAAUACUAACUAUAGAUCAGCUUCAACCAAAAACAACAUGAUCUGUCCUGUUUGUAUGUAAAACUGGAAAGCAGCUAUGAGUGUUCACUAACUGAACACUAAUCUAACUGAACACUAAUCUAACUGAACUAUUACCACAAUGAAACCCCACACCUGUGCACACAUUAACAUCUCGUUUACAGCUGUAGAACUAUAUAACUCUAUUCAGCUGAUCUAGAAGGGCUUCAUUGUUAAAUUAGUUGACUUUUUACCAUAGUAUGUAAAAGUUAAAUAUAUAAGAAAGGUAAUAGAGAUUUCUUAAAGGAUGUGCUAAAAAUUAUUUUAGGAUGUGUUGUUUGUACAAAUGUAACCAACAAAAUAUUCUGUACAUUGGAUCCUGCAUUUCUCUGUUUUAUUGAAUUGUAUUAUUGUCUGGUGAAAUGUUUUUCUCAGAUCCCCCCACUGCUCUAAACGUGCACUCCUGAAAGUUCGUUAGUGAAAGAAAUUAAAGAAUUCGCCACAAACAGA